AUGGCAUCAUCGGUUUCGCAGCAGAGGCAGCUGGAUCUGUUACGUCGAGAGUAUCUGCAGUUGGUCGAAAUCGAGCACAUCAGAUGGCCAGAUGGUGCGCUUCUCAAGACUGCUGAUACGCAGGCGUGGAUCUACGAAAAUCUCAUUGAUCGGGACAAGUUGCAGUCAUCGCCGCCGGACCGAUAUCAAGUCCGCUUUCUGAAGAGUCUUGUGAGCAAGAUCGAGUCCGCAAUUGAGGAUCCCGAGGAGGAAGUACGCCAUUACCUCCAUUUUCUUUUUGCAUCCUCAUACCCAGAGAUCUCAGAAGAUCUGAUUUCUCAUCUAGCUACUCUUCUCAGUUCGAAGCAACCAUCAGAAGCUUUUGCAGCUCAACAGCGCGUGUUCGUGACGUACGCGUUCCCGAACAGUCCGGGUAGCAAUGAAGUGCCGGAUGAGCGGACGGUGACAAUCCUUGAAUCUCGCUCGGUUCUUGCUUCUUCUGGAAGCACCGGACUACGAACGUGGGAAUCUGGUCUUCAUUUGGGAAAGUUCCUCAGUACAUCUGGGGGGAUUGGCAUAGUCCGAGGGCAAAACGUCCUUGAACUAGGCGCUGGAACAGGGCUGCUAUCUAUCUUAUGUGCCAAACAUCUGGGAGCGUCCCGGGUGACAGCUACCGAUGGCGACGAAUCCAUCGUCGAUUCGAUGAGAGAUAACGUAUUCAUCAAUGGAGUAGACGCUAGCGCGUCUUCCACAUCUGUGGAGUGCGCGGCUCUGAAAUGGGGCUUCCCUCUUGAUGCCAAAACAUUUGAAGAAGACUACGGACUUGGCAAACUAGACGUUGUUCUAGCCGCAGAUGUCACUUACGACAAAAGACUACAUUUGCCACUGGUCUCCACAUUGAGCGAAUUGUUCGACAUCAGACCGUCUCUCAAGGUGCUCCUUGCCGCAGCUGUACGCAACGAGCAAACGUUCGAGGCCUUUGUCAACGCAUGCAAGCGGAACAAUUUCGGCCUCGCAGACAACGACUUCGACAUGGUGCCAAUCGAGUUGCAGGAUGGGCCCUUCUAUUCAGCAGCGCCGAUUCGGAUCUUGACUAUCACUCGCUCCCAGGAACGGGGAGACCGGUUCAAAUUCUAA